UUUACUACACAGAGAAGAAGAAACAACGAAGAAGUCAGCGCAGUCAGCGCCGCAGCGGCCACAGCAAUAUGCUGUAAGAAAUAACUCCUAAACAUGGACAAAAAGAAGAAGCCCUUCGCCGUGACCGCUUCAUCUCUGGUGGACCUUAAAGCGGAACUAUACAGGAAGCAGGAACAAUUCAAACAGGAAAAGCUUGGGCAUGAAAAUGGGGGAGCUGGAUUCACAUCAAAGUCCAAAGUUAAGAAACCUAAUGUCUGGAGUAAACAAAACACGGGGGUUUCUGCAAGAGCUGAGAAAGACGCUGAGCAGCUGGCCGAGGAGCAGACCAGCCUUGACACAUCCCGACGCAAGUUGGAGGAGAAGGCCAAACUCUAUGAGCAGAUGACAAGGGGAGACUUUCCUGAUGAAGAGACGGAGGGACUGUUCCUGGUUGAUUUCACCCAGAAGAUUAUUGACAAAAAGAGAGAAAUGUAUGAACAGAAGGAAACGGAACGAAAGGAUGAGGAGAGCGACAACUCAUCUGUCCCCCCUCCUCAAAAUCCAGAUGAGGAAUGGGUGGAUUAUGUUGACGCUUUGGGCCGAUCUCGAAGAUGCAUGAAGAAAGACCUGCCAGGUUUCAAGAAAAUGGACCAAGACUUUACAGGAAAAGGAAAAGCUUCAGAUGAUAAGACCUUACUCUCGGAGGACAUGCGUCGAGAGCUGCAGAGGCAGGAGUGGGAGAGGGAGGAAGAGGAGGCUAUGAAGAAGCCCGUAGGACCGAUCCACUACGAGGAUAUUAGGGGACAAGAGGCUCGAGAUCUCGGUGUAGGUUACUUUGCGUUUGCUCAUGAUGAAGAGCAACGCAGAAAGCAGAGAGAAACUCUGGACAUGCUGAGAGACCAGACAACAGAUCAGCGCACCAAGAGGGAACAACUGAAGGACAAGAGGCAGGCCAUCCUGCGGGCCCGCUUGGCCAAAGUGAGGCAGAGGAAGAUGAAGAAGGCCAAGCUGGAUGGCACUGAGGACGAGCAGGGAGAGGGAGAGACUGAAGGAGUGGAGGACGAAGGUGAAUCUUCUCCUCCACCGGAGGACUCCCCAGAAAUAAGCACAGUGAAGAAGGUGGUAGUGGAGAUCCAGGAAAGGAAGGACACCAAACCAGGAGUUCCUCAUGUCAGAGAAUGGGACAGGGGCAAAGAAUUUAUGUUUACCGAGUGGACAUCUCGGCGUCGGGAAGAGCGAGAUUCCGAUUUUGCUCCCCCCUCUGCGUACUUUACUGAGAGGAAUAGACCAGGGAAGUUUCAAACUAAGGAGAAUAAAUCCAAGAUUCCCUUUAAGUGGACCAAAGACCCAGGAGGAAUCUCUGAGAGCAAGGAGGAACCACAGUCUCAGCCUGAAACAGUUCCAUCACCACCACCACCACCUCCUCCUCCUCAACAAAGUCCUCCACCUCCACAAAGUCCUCUACCUCCAUCACAACCACAGACAUCAUCGCAGACAUCACCUACCGAUCACCCAGCAGCUUCAGCUCCUUUGUCUGCUCCUCCUUUUAAUCCCCAGUCGCCUUUUCAUCCACUUUAUCCUCAAUUUCCUUCUACUCAGUUUGCUGGACCACAUCAGCUGCCUCCCCUGUUUCCCCCACAGUACCCAAACCACUAUUCACCCCAGUAUCCCCCCCAGUAUCCCCCCCAUUAUCCUGCCCAGUAUCUUGCCCAGUAUCCUCCUCAGUAUCCUCCUCAGUAUCCACCGCAGUAUCCACCGCAGUAUCCACCGCAGUAUCCUCCUCAGUAUCCAUCUUAUGGGUAUCCAGCUCAGCCCCAGCCCCAGCCCCAGCCCCAGCCCCAGCCCCAGCCCCAGCCUCAGCCUCAGCCUCAGCCUCAGCCUCAGCCCCAGCAGCCUGCAGACCGCAGCCAGGCUCCACAGCCCACGGAGAGUCUGGACGACAUGCUUUCCUUCUACCGAAACACUACUAUGUCAUAAUUAACGUGUAGUUGCUUCGUACUAAAGUGUAAAUAUAUGGAGUUUUUGAAUUUAAUAAAUACCAGGAAAUUAGCUGGAUUUUAAUUCAUUUUAGUAGUGCUGAACAUAUAAGGCUUCCACCUGGUGCGGUAAGUAUGAGGGUAUAAAGUGAAGUGACUAUUUGUAGUUCGCUGCAGUAUGAAAAUAUCCACCAGAUGGACCUGUAAAUCUGCUGUGAUCUAGCUGACCUGUCGGACAUCCUUAUAGUGCUGCAAUUAUUCCACAUGCAUUGUCAAUUUUAUCAGCUGAUCAUUUUACUUAAAAUGAUCAAUUGUCACGUUUUAAAAUGGGGAAAACACCCUCCACAAUAUUUUUUCAAGUGCUCAUCCAACAAUCCAUCCAUCCGUUGUCAAACCGCUUAUCCUGCACACAGGGUCGCGGGAGGGCUGGAGUCUAUCCCAGCCAACUUCGGGCGACAGCCAAUCGCAGGGCUCAUCCAACAAUCCAUAAACCAAAAGUAUUCUGUGUGGUCUCAGAAGAGAAAAAAUCAGCCGAUUUAACAACUGGAAAAGUAGAAUUGUUUUAGCUCUAAAUGAUGAACUAUAACUAUUUUAAUUAAAAAUCUCUCCACUGUG